AUGUUCUCAAGAAGAAUAAAGAAUGAACUGAAAUUCCCAGCCACGAUUGCUUGUCCUAUCUGCACUGCCAGCCAUAUACCAAGAAAGGACUCUUUGACAAAUGGCGUGUAUGCCUGCACUUGUGAAAACUGCGGCCAUUUCUUCAAGUUCCGCACAAUUCAAGAUUUCAAGAGCAGCAUAUCCUUUUCUGUUAAUGGAAAACAGUACACAGCUGGCAAUGAGUACAAUCCUGCAACCUCAUUGGCUGAGUUUCUUCGCCACACUGGCAUAUCAGUUGGCACCAAGGGCUGCUGUUAUGAAGGAGGCUGUGGCGUGUGCCUGGUGACUGUUAAACUGUAUGAGCCAGUCUCGAAGCAGAAGAUUGAAUAUGCUGUCAACUCCUGUUGCCUGCAGCUGUUUACCUGUGAUGGUUUUGAAAUCACCACAAUUGAGGGACUGGGCAAUCCUAAGACAGGCCUGCAUGUGAUACAAGACAAACUGGCACAGCAUGAUGGAGCCCAAUGUGGUUUCUGCAGCCCAGCUCAGGUCAUGAAUAUGUAUGGCUUGUUGAAAGAAAACCCCACCGUAACGGUUCAACAGAUUGAGGAUGAUUUUGAUGCCACUAUCUGCAGAUGUACAGGUUACAGAUCAAUUCUGGAUGCAAUGAAAACAUUUGCUGUGGAUGCACCACCGAAGCUGAAAGGAGGAAUUGUAGACAUUGAGGAACUUGAAGCCAAACUAUGCAAGAAAACUGGGAAAACAUGCAAUGGUCACUGCAAAAACAGUGGUCUUAACAAUCAUAAAUGCAGUGAUGAAACAGCAAAGUCUAUCCGCAUUGUUGGAGCUACAACGCAAUGGCUGAAACCAACCAGCCUCAGUGAAUUAACACAGUUCCUGAGCCAGUUUUUGCAAAGCAAAUAUAGGCUAGUGUUUGGGAACACAAGUUUUGGUGUAUUCCAAGAAUUUGGACCAUGGAAUUUUGAUACUCUCAUUGACAUUAGAGGGGUUCAGGAGCUCUACGCCAUUAGUCUUUCUUCCACGAUUGUUCUUGGAGCCAAUUUGUCAUUGAACAACCUCAUAGAUGUUUUUCAAUCCAAAAUAACAGAUCCUAAGGUGCCGUACGCAUCUGCCUUUGUUCAGCAUCUGAAGAAUACAGCUCAAAAAGGAAUUCGAAAUAUGAGCUCUUGGGCAGGAAACCUGAUCAUGAAACAUGCUCACCCCGAGUUCCCAUCUGACGUCUUUGUUCUCUUGGAGACUGUUUCAGCCAAACUCACCAUUCUUGAUGCUAGUGGAACCCAGGCUGUCUAUGGUUUGUUAGACUUUCUUAAAUUGGACCUGAAAGGCAAGGUCAUUGUUUCUGUUUCUUUGCCGACUUACAACUCAACCACUGUCUGUGUCAGAACGUUCAAGACUUCACAUCGAUUACAGGCUUGCAAAGCAUAUGUGAAUGCUGGGUUUAAUUUUGAUUUGGAUGCUGCCAAUAACUUCCUAGUGAAAGGUCGGCCCAGUAUUGUCAUACAAGGAAUCAGUUCGGCAUUGAUCCAUGCCACACAGACAGAGGCAUAUCUGGAAAAUAAAGCCUUGGGUAGUCCAGCAGUACUUCAGGGUGCAAUUACAGUAUUGUCCUCUGAACUGAUUCCUGAAACAUACCCUGACUGGGCAGAUCCAACUUACAGAAAAUCUCUGGCUAUUUCACUUUUCUACAAGUUUGUACUGGGUAUGUGCCAGUCUAAGGCAGAUGUUCGCUACAUUAGUGGGGGUCAAGGACUAGUGAGACAACCCAUUGUUGGAAUCCAGGACUUUGAUACUGAUGAGUCCAUGUGGCCAGUGACAAAACCAAUCGAAAAAAUUACAGCACCUUACCUGACAUCAGGUGUUGCGAAAUUCCUGGAUGACCUGUCCCCCUUGCCUGGAGAACUGUCCGCAGCGGUGGUCAUCAGCACAGUAGCAAAUGCUACCAUAGACAAGAUUGAUGCUUCCAUUGCUCUGAGUCUGCCUGGGGUUGUUGCUUUCAUUCAAGCCAGUGAUAUCCCUCAAGGAGGGGUCAACAACUGGAGACCUAAAGGCAAUUCAGAUACUGUUGAAGAGCUUUUGAGCACAGGUACAAUCCAUUUUGCCGGUCAGCCAAUUGGAAUCAUUGUCGCAGACAUUGAGACAACAGCGCAGACGGCUGCUUCUCUGGUACAAGUGACUUACAAGAAUAUUCAACCCCCAAUUGUGGAUAUUCAAGUUGCUAUCAAGAACAAACGUUUCUUUCCGAACCCUCCACCCCCCUUUGUGACUGGGGAUCCUACAGGUGCUAUAGCUGCAUCUCCUCAUAAAAUCAGCGGAAACAUUGGCUGUGGCUCCCAGUACCAUUUUCAUUUGGAAUCGCAGACAACAAUAUGUGCUCCAAAUGGUGUUGGAGGCAUGAAUGUCAAGGCCACGACACAGUGGAUUGAUGGCGUGCUGGAAACUGUGUCUCAGGUGUUGGGUCUUCAACAGUCACAGGUGACAGUUGAAGUUGAAAGACUUGGAGGUGCUUUUGGGGGGAAGAUAACUCAGAACUUUCUAGUAUCUGGAUUAUGUGCUCUUGCUGCAUAUGUUGUUGGUCA